AUGUUAUUGUCUCCAUAUGAAGUGUCGGCUGCAUGCUUCGACUGGUCGUCGCUUCACCGACGUAAGCUAGAUGGCGUCUGUGUCUGCAAUGUCACGCACUGCGACUCAGUUGUCGGAGAUUACAAAUCACUUAAGCAGGGCGAAGUGGGUAUUUACACUACAUCCAAGGCGGGUGAUCGCUUAUCGUACAGGGUGGUGAAGAUAGAUGCGUCACCGAAGAAUGAUUACACCUACUCGAUCGAAGUGUCGACGCAAUAUCAGACGAUGCUCGGAUUUGGUGGAGCUUUUACAGACGCAGCAUCCAUCAAUCUGUACAGACUGAUGCCCAAGCUACAAGACUUGGCUCUGGCCCAGUAUUUUUCAAAGGAUGGGAUUCAGUACAAUAUGGCUCGUGUGCCCAUCGGAUCCACUGAUUUCUCAAAGAGAACGUACACUUACAAUGACAAAGCAGGCGAUUUUAAGAUGACCAACUUUUCUAUUGCCGUUGAUAAAGCUCCGUUUUCGAACAAAAUUGACAUGAUCAAGCGUGCUCUGAAUAUGACUGAGCUUAAGCUGUUUGCAUCCUCUUGGGCUCCUCCACUUUGGUUGACAAAAGGAGACUCAGUUAUUGACUGUGAAAUGAGGGGGAUGCCUGGUGAUAAGCACUGGGCGGCGCUGGCAUUGUAUUAUUCUAAAUUUUUUGAUGCAUACAAGGAGGAAGGAAUUAACUUCUGGGGCAUGACUGUUCAAAAUGAGCCUGAGAUGCCCCCUCUCCCUCUUGUUCCAUGGGAAUCAUUGCGUUUGACUCCCGAGGAUGAAAGAGAUUUUGUUAAGCUGAAUCUUGGCCCCUUAAUGGCUCAAAAGUACCCACAUAUGAAAAUCAUGGCGAAUGAUGACCAGAAAACCACUCUUUUGGAUCGUUCGGCGCCAUUUGAUGAUCCAGAGUCAAAGAAGUAUUUAAGCGGACUUGCCUUUCACUGGUAUAAGAACAUUGACUUCACUCUGCCGGGAGCUGGCAAUUAUGAUGAUCUGGUGGAAUUUCACAAGACACACCCUGAUAUGUUUAUGCUCGCAACAGAAGCAUGUGCAGGAUAUCUUCCUAAGUUUAUUGGUACAGGCAAAGGACCAGCUCUCUAUAAUUCGAAAAAGGCCUGGAAGCGUGCACAGAAUUAUGCACGUGACAUUAUUGAGAAUAGUAAUCACAUGGCUGCUGGUUGGGUAGACUGGAAUUUGUUUCUAGAUACUCGUGGUGGUCCAAACUGGGCAAAAAACAUGGUGGAUGCGCCGAUUCUCAUUGACGGGCAGAAUGGCGCUGAAUUUUACAAGCAGCCCAUGUACUAUAUCAUGGGUCAUUUUUCAAAGUUCGUACCGCCAGGAUCAAGGCGUAUCGAAUUUCCGAAAACAGAGACUUUGGACGGUUUCCACCGCUGCGCUUUCGUAACCCCAGACAACCAAAUUGUGAUGCAGUUUUUGAAUCGCGAUGAUGAUGACGCUCUGAUAAGCAUUUUGCAAACGGAUUUAAAUACGUUUACACUGACGGUGGCAGCCCACUCGAUGCAGACAGUGAUCCUUCCGGCCUCUGAAAAAACUAAGAUAUUGUAG